CAGAGAGGAUGGCGCAUGCGAGGAGAAAGACGUAACUGGCGCAUGUGGCGGUUGAUACUCUUCAAAGCGAAGCCGCGAGGUGGGCUUAUGUUUCGUGGGAGGUCCUGCAGGAUUCUUGCUGUUGAACGCGGUGCAGAUGAGGAGCCUAGUUGGACACGACUUAACGACUAAACAACAUGGCACAGUGGUGAAAUUGCAGUAAUGCAUUGAAAACUCGGCUCAUGACCCUAGUUCAGUCCCGGGUAACUGGCAUGAGGUUCACUCAGCCUUCCAUCCUUCUGAGUGGAUGCUGUCCCAUCCCUUGAGCACUGCCUGGCUGUGGUAUUAGAGUGGAUGGGGACCAACAGAUUGAGGCUGAACCUGGGCAAGACAGAGGUUCUUCAGUAACAACUGGAAAGAGAGGAUCAGCACUUUGAAAAAAGCCAUUUUAAAAAAACCGUCCAGACAUUAAGGAAGAAAAAUGCAGAUCGCUAUUUUCACAGUUGAUGCAUUUACUGAUCAACCAUUUCGUGGCAACCCUGCAGCUGUUUGUCUUCUAGAAGAUGAACUGGAAGAAAGUUGGCAUCAAAAAAUAGCAAGAGAAAUGAACCUCUCAGAAACAGCAUUUAUCAGGAAACUGCACCCUACAGAUGACUUUAGCAAAAGUUCCUGUUUCGGAUUAAGGUGGUUUACACCAACUAGCGAAGUCCCACUCUGUGGUCAUGCUACUCUUGCUUCAGCUGCUGUGUUAUUCCAAAUCAAAAGAAACGUGAAUUCUACUCUAACCUUCGUAACUCUAAGUGGGCAAUUAAAAGCCAGACAAGCAGGAGACCACAUUACCUUGGACUUACCCCUUUACUUCAGCCAUCCACAGGAUUUUCAGGAAGUGAAAGAGUUAGUAAAGAUAGCUGCAAGUGAGAUGACUGUUCAAGAUGUUCGCUAUUCUCCUGAAACAAAGAAGCUUCUUGUCCGUCUCAGUGAUGUUUAUGAAAGGUCUGAUUUGGAGAAACUGAAAGUGAAUACUCAAGAACUUCUACUGGCUGAGAAGACUGGGAAAAUAAAAGGUUUAAUAGUCACACUUAAGGGAGACUGCCACGAGAAACAAGGAAGCUAUGAUUUUUUCUCCCGUUAUUUUGCACCAUGGUAUGGCGUUUCAGAAGAUCCUGUCACAGGAGCUGCACACACAGUUUUGAGCAGCUACUGGUCACAACAACUGGGGAAAAAGGAAAUGUGUGCAUUUCAGUGUUCUGCUCGGGGCGGAAGACUGAAGAUUUUGCUCCGGGAUGAUGGAAGAUUAGACCUGAGUGGCCAAACAGCCAUUGUGUUAAAGGGCUUUCUGACUAUCUAAAGAAAAUUAGGACAAGCUUUUUUUAAUGAUUCUUACUGAUGUGAAUGUUUCUUUUAUUUAGAAGAACAUUGCUACUUAAUUAGGAAGUCAAGAUAUGCAUAAUUUGGUAACUUAAGGUGUGUUCCAUGGGGACACAUGGAUUGCAACUUGGGCACCUUGUGGUCAGUACCAUCUGUUUCUGGGCAUAAAGCAUCAGGAAAUGCUCUCCAGCCCAACCCUGAUUUAUGCCCCAGACAGACCUAUUUGGUCUAAGUGUAGGGCUACUACUUUGGGGGGGGUGGGUUAUUUGGUGUGAUUUCUCAGCAAAUAGAGGGGUCAUUUAAGCAACGCUUUCUGAUGUGAUCAAAUGCUUGCCUUUGCAGCCAUCUAAUUGCACCCUUAAUUAUGUAAAUGGAUUUAUAUAUUCAUAAUACUUGCCUUACUGUCCUAUCCCACCCUGACAGCUUCGGGCGGGUAAGAACAGCUUCUGUCCUUUUGCAAGUACAGUACAUUGGACAGCUGG